GGGAAUUUUAAUCAACAUGAAUCAGGCUUUGAUGAAUCUAGUAUGUUUAAAAACCUCCUGAAACAGCAUGUUUUUGUAUAUCUUCUUGGUAUUUGGGUUUUCGUCCCUGUUUUACUUUGCGGGUGCUAGGUCUUUUCUACGAUGGGCGCUAAACACCGUGAAAUUCUUGGUUGUGUGCAUGAGGUUGACGAUUCUUCUUUAUGCUUCAUGUAUUGUUUAUACACUAACUACAAGCCCGCCAUGUUCGGACGAGAAAGCUUUGCAAGCAAUUGACAAAUUGUGUUCGGAUGCAUUACGGGGGAGGGUGUUUGGGAAUUUGUGUGGACCUCUCUGUGAGACUUUGGACAUACGUUAUAGUUCUUGUACGAGUCAAGGCGGUGAAAAAGACGUCUUCUAUGUGUCGUGGAACAACAUCACCACAACUUCUCUUGUUAUGAAAAGAACAAGAUUUUCAGAUAUUUUGAGUAAUGAUAUUUACUCUUCUGGCAAAGAACGGGACUUAGAAAAACGUUUAUUGAUGAAAAUCGAGAGUCUUGUAAAUGGACACUUGCAUAUUAAGAAAUCCUUUAAGUCCGUUCAGGACGUUUUACGUUUGUUUUGGACAAUGGAGAAAAAUGUUCCAAUAGGAAGCAAAAAAUCAGACGUAUUCAGAAAUUUGCACGGCCUUGCACUACAGAAAGAGUUUGUGUUAAGCAUACUAUGUCAUAAUGACGACAUUUUCCCUAAACUACAUGGAUCGUGCGGUUCGUUUUAUUUCGUGGAACGUAUGCCCUUCACUCUGCAUGACGUAGGCAUCUCGUGGUCAGCACGUGUCGCAGUUGCUUUGAAAUUACUCGAUCUCACUCAUCAACUGAAUUAUUCCUUUCAUGGUAAACUGCAUGUAUGUGACAUUAAGGAGGACAAUAUUGGUGUUAGUUACCAUAACAACAGUGUUAAAGUGCACAUAUUAGAUGCAGAUUCUGUUGUUCUGAAUGAUAAUCUUCUGAUUGAGAUGGAAACACGUCAUUGCGUGGAUGACGCGGGUUGCGCGGAAGGGAAUUGUCGAGGUGUUUGUAAUACGAAGAUUGGCAGAUGUCAGCGACAAUUAAUCAACACAAAUUUGCAGGUUAUAUGCCAACAGAUUUUCUCCGAUUCAGACGCCAACCACCAUCAUGGUCAAUUAAGACACCCACCCUUUGUCAUUCGGAAAGGGUUGGAGGAAAUUCUUCAGGAGUGCAUAUCCAUACAAAAUGUCGACGAAACUGACGACAAGACUGCAUUGCAGGAAAUGGAAAUUAUACAUAAAAUUAGGGAUCUUUUACUCAACACGGUUUGAUAGAAAAUAAUCAAUAAAUUUAAAACAAGAAAUUACA